AAAUGCCACUAUUGAAAAGCAUUAAUUAAAGACCAGACUCGUUUGAAGGACAAAAAUGCAAUUUCAUUUUUCCACAUAAAACGACUCGCAAAUUGCGACUACUCGUCCUUUUCAUUUCACUCCAAAGAGUAUACUUACAGCUAAAUUUGACCAAAACCACCAUGGCGGCGGCGGCGACGGCGACGGCAGCAGUAUCACAGUAUCCAAUGGAAGGGCUGAGGAAGAAGUGUUUGUUACCGGCAUUGAGUAAACCAGCUCCGGUGAUAAGAACCGGCAACCGGAACUUCAAUAUCGGUCUUAAAAAGCUUUCUCCAGUUAUUAAUGCUGCGGUGAGUAGUAGUGAAAGUGAUAGUACUGAUAAUGGCGCUGUUUCUGUUACACGUACUGCUAUAGCACCUACUCCUCCUUCGCCUUCAAGUUCUCGGGUGAAAUCUCACACGAUUUCAGUAUUUGUCGGCGAUGAAAGUGGUAUAAUAAACAGAAUUGCUGGAGUUUUUGCUCGAAGGGGUUACAAUAUCGAGUCACUUGCUGUUGGUUUGAACAAGGAUAAAGCUCUCUUUACCAUAGUGGUCUCUGGAACUGAGAAGGUCUUGCAACAAGUUGUAGAGCAGCUCAACAAGCUUGUGAAUGUCAUGAAGGUGGAGGAUCUGUCAAAAGAAGCACAAGUGGAACGAGAAUUGAUGCUCAUAAAACUGAAUGCAGACGCAACUACAAAAGCUGAAAUCAUGUGGUUGGUGGACAUAUUCAGAGGAAAAAUUGUGGAUAUAUCAGAACAUUUUCUGACUAUCGAGGUAACUGGUGAUCCAGGGAAGAUGGCUGCCGUUUUGAGAAAUUUAAACAAGUUUGGGAUAAAAGAACUAGCUCGAACCGGGAAGAUUGCUCUGAGACGUGAAAAGAUGGGUGAGGAUGCUCCUUUUUGGAGGUUUUCUGCAGCUUCCUAUCCAGAUCUUGAAGAAAAAAUUCCCAGUGUUGGUAUCCUGAACAGCAAAAGUCAAUCAAUUGACAAUGAAGCAAGCAGUGAUUCAGGGAGGGGUGAUGUUUAUCCUGUGGAAUCCAGUGAUGAAUUCUCAGUUAAUCAAGUUCUCGAUGCCCACUGGGGAUAUCUGUAUGAUGGAGAUUUGAGUGGGAUUCGGUCACAUACAAUAUCCAUGCUUGUCAACAAUACUCCUGGGGUCCUAAAUUUGAUAAGCGGUGUUAUAUCUCGACGAGGGUAUAAUGUUCAGAGUCUUGCUGUAGGCCCUGCUGAGUCAGAGGGGCUUUCACGCAUUACAACGGUGGUCCCUGGAACGGAUGAAACUAUAGGGAAAUUGGUUAAUCAAUUUUACAAGUUAAUAGAUGUUCAUGAGGUUCAAGAUAUAACUCAUUUACCAUUUGCGGAGCGGGAGCUAAUGAUCAUUAAAGUAGCCGCUAAUGCAGCAGCAAGAAGGGAUGUCCUUGAUAUUGCCAGUAUUUUCCGUGCUAAGCCUGUUGAUGUGUCUGAUCAUACAGUAACAUUGGAGUUGACUGGAGACUUUAACAAGUUGUUGGCAUUGCAAAGAUUACUGGAGCCUUAUGGCAUUUGUGAGGUGGCUCGUACAGGGCGGGUAGCAUUGGUGCGUGAAUCAGGGGUGGACUCGACAUACCUCCGGGGCUAUGCUCUUAACUUGUAGUGCUAGUUAAAUCUCGAAGCACGUUCUAAUAUGGUCUAGUAUCUUUCUUGCUGACUUUUUCUGUUCUGAGAACAGAGUUUAGUCGUAUGCUGUUUCUUGUACGAGCAGGUACCUGAUAAAAGUAAGAUUGGUACUCCUAAAACGAUCUACUAAAUUCAUCGAGUUGUUCCAAAGGAUCAAAACGGCCAGUUAUUAAUGGAAUUCCUUGUCGGCUCUCUGUAAAAUACUCGUUUGGUGUUUACCUGUAACUAUUCAAUACCCCUACGAAAAAUUGAUCACAUCGGAACGUUUCCGAGGCCGAAUACACCUAUUCAUUAUUCUUUUUAUUACCUUAUUACCAAAGCAAAUAACCAUACGAAAUGCAGAUAGCGAAAGAGAUGAAUCGCACUUAAUGAAAGUAGAUUAUUUUUCCAUUCCUUUCCAAAAUUCCAUAAUCCCUUCCCGAACCAAACUAUCUAAUCAAAUAAUAGUACUAUGGUUCGAGAGAAAGUAACAGUAUCUACUCGGACACUACAGUGGAAGUGUAUAAAUUUAGCAACCCUUUUUCCACCGGAUCCAUUGCAGGAAAGGGAUAAUGUGCAACUUCGAAUUGUCAAUUAUAUCCUUUAUGGAAAUGGCAAACCGAUUCGCUUAUUUAGGCAUUCGUAGGAUUUUAAUUGAGCAAAGCUGACAACUCCAAAAUGUGGAGUAAAGCCUAUGAAGUUGAGUAAUAUUGUAUAUUAAUGCAGCUGGGAGAAGUGCAUGUCAAAUGUCUUGAAUAUGUGUUAUGUGGAGUGUAUUAGCUUGAGGUUAUUACUA